AUGAGCCCAAAGAAGCUUAUCAAAAGAGCAAGAAAAUGGCAAGAGAUUGCAGCUAUGGGGAAAAGAUUUUCUUUUCCUAGAAGCAAUGGCAGUAAAAAUGUAGAUAGUUCUUAUAUAUCAUUGGCUGGGACAGGAAACUUUGUUAUUUACACAAUUGAGGAUCAGCGAUUUGUUCUUCCCAUAUCAUAUCUCAGAUGUAACAUCUUUAUAAAGCUGUUAAAGAUGUCUGAAGAAGAAUUUGGACUACCAAGCGAAGGGCCUAUCAAAUUGCCAUGUGACACACUUUUCAUGGAAUACAUAGUCUCACUCAUCCAGAAAGGUUUAGGUAAAGAUGUAGAGAAAGCUCUGCUUAUUUCCAUGGAAACUAGUUGUUGCUCAUUGUCUACUAGUUUCUAUCAAGGAAACACAGCGCAGCAAUUGCUUGUUUGUGGUUAA